AUGCCUUCAGCAUUUAGCCCUCUGUUUUCCAAGGAUGAGAAAGCGCUAUGUUUCCAUCAUGAGCUGCUAUAUGAAGCCAAAAUACUUGACGUCAGGCAGAAAGAGGCCGAUGACAAGAAGAGCGGCUUCGAAUACAAAGUCCAUUACAAGGGGUGGAAGAAUACCUGGGAUGACUGGGUCCCGCAGGACCGGCUCCGCAAGAACACAGAAGAGAACAGGGAGCUAGCAAGAAACCUCAAGCACGACAUGGACGCGGUCCGCAAUCUCACUACAAAGAAGCCGUCAUCAACUUCACACAAGAAGAAGGCGGACCUUGCCAGUUCGGCGCGUGAUAGCGAAGAGCGACACUCUUCGAUCGCAGUAGCGGCUGGACCGCGUGGGCAGAAGAGAGGACGAGAGUAUCAAGUGGAAUCGGAGGAGACUUUCCUCGCGCGCCCCUCCGUGCGCAUCGUCAUGCCAGACCGGCUGAAAUCCCUCCUCGUCGACGACUGGGAAAAUAUCACCAAGAACUUACAGCUUGUGACGCUGCCCUCCAAGACGCCGACGAGCCUGAUCCUGGACGAGUACGCAGCCGAGGAGAGAGCGAAGCGCCGCGAGGGCUCCGCCGACUGGGACAUCCUCGAAGAGGUCGUCGCGGGCGUCAAGGAGUACUUCAACAAGUGCCUGUCGCGCAUGCUGCUGUACCGGUUCGAGAGGGAGCAGUUCUACCAGUUCUAUCAUCAGAUGGAGGAGAAUCCGACGGGAGAUCUGGCGGGGAAGGAGAAUGCGGAUAUUUAUGGUGGAGAGCACCUUCUGCGCCUGUUCGUAUCGAUGCCGGAACUAAUCGCCCAGACGAACAUGGAUCAGCAGUCUGUGAAUCGCCUGCGAGAGGAGCUCUCCAAGAUGACAAUGUGGCUUGCGCGAGACGCCUCCGUGAGCAGGUACUUUUCGGUCGAAUACGAGAACUCCAGCACAGAGUAUCAGGAGAAGUCGAAGGGGACGCUGCCGGAGGACUAA